AGAGAGCGCGCGCGCGAAUCGCGCGCUACCACCGUCGCGGGCAGGCUCGGCCACGACCGCCGGAGCCCCGCGCCUCCCCGCGAGGCGUCUCCAAAGUCCCUGCCCCGCCGCGGAGCGUCACUUCCGCCAUCCCCGGCCGGGGUUGGGGCGGGGCGCGCGGGGGAGGGGGCCAGGUCGGAGGGAAGCCCGCCCGUGCCCGAGCCCGCGCCUGAGCAGGGACUACAUUUCCCGAGGGGCCUAGGCGGCGGCUGCGGCGACGGGCGCGGCAACGUCCCCCGGAAGUGGAGCCUGGGACUUCCACUCGUGCGUGAGGCGAGCGGAGCCGGAGACGAGACCAGAGGCCGAACUCGGGUUCUGACAAGAUGGCCGGGCUGCCCCGCAGGAUCAUCAAGGAAACCCAGCGUUUGCUGGCAGAACCAGUUCCUGGCAUCAAAGCAGAACCAGAUGAGAGCAACGCCCGUUAUUUUCAUGUGGUCAUUGCUGGCCCUCAAGAUUCCCCCUUUGAGGGAGGGACUUUUAAACUUGAACUAUUCCUUCCUGAAGAAUACCCAAUGGCAGCCCCUAAAGUACGUUUCAUGACCAAAAUUUAUCAUCCUAAUGUAGACAAGUUGGGAAGAAUAUGUUUAGAUAUUUUGAAAGGUAAGUGUUAUCUUUAUCAGCAUAUGCUAUUAUUAAGCUUUCUCCUUUUUCUCUUAAGCAUUCCAUGUUUAGAAUGUAAAUAUACAAAGACCAGAGAGGUCUGCGGGAGGGAAGUGAAGCAGUUCUGGGCCUGUUUUUUCAUGCUUCAUCAUACUGGGCCUGUUGCCUUCAUAGAUAAGUGGUCCCCAGCACUGCAGAUCCGCACAGUUCUGCUAUCGAUCCAGGCCUUGUUAAGUGCUCCCAAUCCAGAUGAUCCAUUAGCAAAUGAUGUAGCGGAGCAGUGGAAGACCAACGAAGCCCAAGCCAUAGAAACAGCUAGAGCAUGGACUAGGCUAUAUGCCAUGAAUAAUAUUUAAAUUGAUCCGAUCAUCAAGUGUGCAUCACUUCUCCUGUUCUGCCAAGACUUCCUCCUUUUUGUUUGCAUUUAAUGGACACAGUCUUAGAAACAUUACAGAAUAAAAAAGCCCAGACAUCUUCAGUCCUUUGGUGAUUAAAUGCACAUUAGCAAAUCUAUGUCUUGUCCUGAUUCACUGUCAUAAAGCAUGAACAGAGGCUAGAAGUAUCAUCUGGAUUGUUGUGAAACGUUUAAAAGCAGUGGCCCCUCCCUGCUUUUAUUCAUUUCCCCCAUCCUGGUUUAAGUAUAAAGCACUGUGAAUGAAGGUAGUUGUCAGGUUAGCUGCAGGGGUGUGGGUGUUUUUCUUUAUUUUAUUUUAUUUUUUUUGAGGGGGGAGGUAGUUUUAUUUUUAAUUUUAUGGGCCCCUUUCCCCCUUUUUUGGUGAUCUAAUUGCAUUGGUUAAAAGCAGCUAACCAGGUCUUUAAAAUAUGCUCUCUAGCCAAGUCUAACUUUAUUUAGACGCUGUAGAUGGACAAGCUUGAUUGUUUGAACCAAAAUGGGAACAUUAAACAAACAUCACAGCCCUCACUAAUAACAUUGCUGUCAAGUGUAGAUUCCCCCCUUCAAAAAAAGCUUGUGACCAUUUUGUAUGGCUUGUCUGGAAACUUCUGUAAAUCUUAUGUUUUAGUAAAAUAUUUUUUGUUAUUCUACUUUGCCUUUGUACAGUUUAUUUUACUGUGUUUAUUUCAUUUUCCCAAUGUGACAAUCGUAUUUUAAAAUUAAAACUAUGGAACAUUCUGUCUUGGUCUUCACCAUCUGGCAAAUUGAAUGGCAAGAGGUGGAUUUCACCAGUUUCUUUUCACUGAUGCAGAUUUGUGUUAAGAUAGUACUGAAUGGAGUAUUUAUAAACUGGCCCUGAGCAUGCAUAAAGCAUCAGUAUCUGACCUUUUUUUAACCUCCUAGGAAUUUGAAAUAAAUGUGUUUGUGUUGUCCGAUUAGACGAUCAUUGGUGUCUUGCCACAAUGUUUAAAAAUUACUGUACAGGAAAGUCACAGCAAAGAUAGCAGUUGUGACUGACAUGUAGGACUUUCACAGUUGUGCCACAUUUUUGCCUAAAAUUUGGGUUAUGACCUUUUUCUUGGUUCUUGUCUGAAAAUUUCAUCUGUAACCUUUCAUGUGUGUUAUUAAGAAACACUGAUCUGAUAAUCAUUUGGGAUUUGCUGAGGCAUUUGUGAGUCUUCCUUAUAAACCUGAUGAGCAGAUCUCAAGCAUCCAACUUGUGUGUCAUCAGAAAGGUUUAUUCCUUUGAGAGUAGCAAGUCCUCAAUUAAUGAUUCUUGCUUUCAUCCCUCUAGUAUUUGCUAUGGGAGCUCCUUUUAUUCUUUAAUUUGGAAUUCAGUAAUUUUUCUUCUUUAUUGACAGAAUUCCUCCCCUCACAAAACUGUUCUUUCCCACUUCUCUCCAUAUCUAAUUCCUGAUUCUUGUAAUUUUUAAGUCAUAAAUGUAGCCAGUCAUAAAUACAUAAAUGUUAACCUUGGGUUGGAACCUUGUCUCUUGCAGUUUAAGGUAAUGGAUAUUGUAGCCCAUCUGAAUUUUCUUCACUCUUUUUCUCGUAAUUCUGGAGUUUCUUCAGAUUGUGGUGUAUUUUAUUGUGCUCCUAUGUAAGAUGAAGAAUUAACUAUUAAAAUUACAUUUUCAACAUACAAAA